CGGACGAGGAGCACAUUGUGGUUCUUACAUGGCGUUUACAAAAGUUUGAAAUAUAUAUUGUAAAAAGUGGAUGCACUUUACGUUUUGGUUCAUCUAGUACCCUUUGGCAAGCGGAGCGAGUUUCACGGUGCUACAACACAACGUUUCUCGAAGUCACGGUUAAUGGCGCUCAAAGCGAGCGAAAUAAAGAAGAUUAAGCACCCGUCGAAACUCUCUGUCUCGUUUGUCGACGCCAAGGGGCUGCUACAGUGAAACUCGACGCUUAUCGGGACUCUGCAUUACUUCGCUGCUGCCCGGUUCGAGAGAGUUCAUCACAACGCCGCACGAGGAUCAAUCAGCACGGCGCUGCGGACGUUUGCGCAGUCACAGCGGAUCGUGACGUCAUUAUAACUGGUUAAAGGGAAAGAUCGCAAGGUGGUAACAAGGCACCGUUUAACACUACAGAUGAGAUCGAGACUGUGAGUUAAAUCGUAUUCCCACGUGAGCUGCAUCCAUUCAUUGGAACUCUGUAAGUUGACAUGUUCAAAUGAAAAGGAGAAUAUUUUUUGGACUAUUCAAUUGAAGGAUAAAACUACAAGAGACAUUUAAAUUGAAUAAGUCAAAUCAAGAAAAUAUUCAAGUUUGCUUGAUUAUUUAAAGACUAUAAAAACUUGUGUGUUAAAUUUGAACGUUGAUUGUUGAAGAUUUAUCUUGGACAUUUAAAAAGUCAUACACAAAGAGUACAGUUAACUUUAUUACUGUUUGUAAACACUGACAUUUCUGAUCUAUUACAAGGGAAAUAUUUAAAUGUUAAAAGUCUUUACAGUUGUGCAUUUGUGUUGAUUCUCCUUGCUAAUAUUUUGAGUGCUUACAUUUUAGAGGUCUGAUGGAAAUGGUAUCACUUAUAGCUUAAGUUGCCCAGUUUAAAGAAGUAAACAACAUUAAAGAGGCCAUGGAAAACCCACCUGAAAAGGAAGUUGAACCAGUUGAGGAGAUACCACUUCCAGCUGAAGAAAUAAGUAACCCACCAGUGCAACAGCUCAGAGCAAGCUCACGUGAAAGAAGCUUAACAGAGAAAGGUCGAGAGAUGCAUGAGCUCGAAGCAAAGAAACAGGAAAAGUCCUUCCAUAAGACAUAUGAGUCCUGGAAGCAGGCUGCAAGAGAGGCUAGAUCAAAUUUGAAAACAUUCUGUAUACGUGAAGACCUGGAUCAAAUACAGCAGGACAUUCAAGGCAGACAUGAUUCAGUCUAUCAUCGUUAUGAAGCAAUUCUGCGUAACCACACUACUACUCCAGACAUUGUUAAACGUAUGGAUGCCUGUGCUGCACUAACUGCAGAGAUCACUGAUCUUGUCAGUAAACGACUGGAAACAUUUAAUGAAAGUUACAACGAAGAACUUGUGAAGGAAAGAGUAAGGCAAGUGCUGAAUAAGGAUGAAUAUGGAUCCGUCUUUGGAUGUACAGUAACAAACACAGUCGUUUCAGAGUCAUCACUGGGAUCCGAUAACCAAUCCAAGACUUCUAAAGUCUCAAGUAAGCGUGCUGAUGCACAGGCAGAAUUUGCAGCGAAACUGGAACAAGCUAAAGCUUUACAAGAAAUUCACAAUCAACAAGCUAAGCUUGAUAAGAUGGAGCAUGACUGGAAGCUUUGUGAAUCGAGAAUGUUAGCGGAGAUAAAGCAGAAGGAGGCUGAAAUGCAGUUAAGGCUAGUUGAGGAAAAGAAACGGCUACAACAGCUACAAGUUGACAAAGAAGUUAAAGUAGCAGCAGCUUGUGUCAAAGUGUAUAACGAUUUGGAAGGCAACCUUCAUCGCUGUGAAGAUGAUGAAGGCCCUAGCAUUCAAACUGGCUGCCAGAGGACAGAGCUUACAUCUCAACUGAACCCGGAAGCAAAGUCGUUCCUACCUCAGCAAGCAUCAUGUGAAGGAUAUGGAGUUACAUCACCUCAGGAAACUGCAAAUCUAGCUCAAGCAAUAGCAAACUCACUAAGCACACAUCGGCUGCCUGUUCCAGAACCCACUGUCUUUGUUGGUGACCCUUUAAAAUUCAUAGAUUGGAAGAUGUCAUUCAUGGCCCUCAUUGAUCGAAAACCUCUUCCUUCUGGUGAAAAAAUGUUCUAUCUGAAGAAUUACCUUGCUGGGGAAGCUCGCAAAGCGGUGGAGGGAUAUUUCUACAGAAAUUCUGAGGAUGCGUAUCAAGGUGCCUGGAAAGUGUUACAGGAAAGGUACGGGAACUCGUUCGUCAUCCAAAGAGCGUUUCGAGACAAGCUGAUGAGAUGGCCCAAAAUUGGAGCAAAUGACCCACUGGCAUUACGAGACUUCACAGAUUUCCUACAAGGUUGUGUCGAGGCAAUUCCUCACGUAAAAGGAUUAGCCAUCCUAAAUGAUUCUGAAGAAAACCACAAGCUGUUAAAGAAACUCCCCGAAUGGAUUGUGAGAAAGUGGAACCGAAUCGUGGUGGAAGAACUAGACACAUCAGGUGACUAUCCAAGUUUCAAAUGCUUCACAGAAUUUCUGCAAAAGGAAGCAAAAAUAGCUUGUAACCCUAUAACCUCUGCACUAUUUGUGAAUCAAAAGAACACAGAUGAAAGGUUCCCCAAGCGCGCUAAGGCUCUCAGUACAAAGGUUCAGGUGAAGGACUUAAGCUCAAAAGACCAGAGACGUACAGCUCUAAGCCAAAGACAUCGUGCCUUUUCUGCAAAGAUGAAAAACAUCACAUUGCUCAAUGCUCUACAUUUGCUGGAAAGACUAUUGAAGAAAAGAAAGCCUUCAUUCACGAAACCCACCUCUGUUUCGGAUGUCUCAGAAAGGGACACAUGA